ACCAUAAGUUUCAAUGAAAUGGGUAACAUCAACGAGUUGCAAAACUUCCGCAACACAAAAUGACAAACAUUAUGACUUCCAAGAAACUCACAAGGGUAAAUUAGUCAUUUCUCACCAACCCAAGUCAUAGACCGAGCGAUGGGUGGGCUGGAAGCCCGCGUGAUAUAAAGGGGUAAAUUAGUCAUUUUCCACCAACUGAUGGCGUAGACUGAGCAAGCAAACAGAGGCGAGGUCCACACGAUCUCUCUGACUGCAAGCCUUUUUGUCUCCAACUCUUCAACGUUUAAAAGCGCUUCAAAAUCGAAUCGAACUUUACUCUGAAUUUUGCAAAAAUAAAGGCCCUUCAAAAUCCAGAAAAAUGGUUUUGACCGGGAUUUCGCAGGAAUGGCCGCCGGAAUUUAUCUGCCCCAUCUCGAAAUCCCCCAUGGCGGAACCUGUAAUCCUCUCUUCAGGCCAUUCUUGUGAGAGAAACUGCGCCAUUGCUUGGCUCAAAGAUGGCCGGAAUCUUUGCCCGGCCACCUCGAAACGCCUCAAGAACCACCGUGAUGACAUUGACUCCCUUCUCCCCAAUCUCGCUCUAGAGUCAGCCAUAGCUCGAUUUUGUACGCUUCAUCAUAUUCCAAACCCUGGGCCCCCUUCUAGGGAAGAAGCUCGAGUUUUGGUCCAAAAAAUGGCGGAUUCCACUUCUCCUGCAGUCCAGCCGAGGCUCUUUCACUCUGCCGCGAAUUUGCAGAGCAAAUCAUCGAAAAUAAUGAUGCUUUUGGGGGUUCAGGGGUUUUCUGUGGCCGGAAAACCAGAAAACAGAGAUCGAUUCAGUCCAAAUAUGGUUUUUGGAAGGUUCAAUGGCGCCAAUUCCUGUCAAAAUAGGCGGGAUCUUGGUUUGGAGCCGGGGUUUUCAGGUGAGAUUUCAAGUCGAAAUAGUCAGGAUCUUGAUUUGGAGUAUGCAUCCAGGUUUUCCCAAGAGAAUUUUGAUUGGAAACAUGCUUCCACGUCUGAAACCAGAUGUGACGGCGAGUUUUCUAGCUGCGGAGGGCUGGCUCCCACCUCGAAGUCUGAUUUUUCAGGUGAGAAUUCCAGGCAAAACUUGGGACGUUUUGCGUCGGAGUUUGGGUCCAAGCUUUCCCUCAAAGUCUCAGGCCGGAAUCGGCCUGAUCUAACAUCGAAAUCCACAUCUUCUGGUGGGAAUUCAAGCAAAAAAAGGCCAUCAAUUUCGAGCGAGAUUUCCAUUGAAAAUUCGCAGGAUCUCGCCUCUGAAUUCAUUUCUCGACUCUCAAGCAACGACGAGGAGGAGCUGAGGUCUGCGAUAUCGGAGAUUCAUGAGCUCACACGCACUAGCCCGGAGAGCCGGCUGGAACUUGCGUCGGACCCUGAUCUCAUCUCCCACAUAAUCACCAUACUGAGCUUCUCCAAUUCAUCAACCAUUCAAUCUGAAGCCACCGCUGCACUAUCGAACAUGUCUCUCGAGACCGUCAAUAAGGUACGCUUGGUGCGGGAAGGCGUAUUGGCUCCGCUCGUGGAUGUGCUGUCGCACGGCUCCUCUGCCGCUCGUGGCCAUGCUGCAGCCGCCAUUUUCAGCCUUUCAAUAGCGGAGGAAAACCGCAUUGUGGCCGCUGUGCUCGGUGCUAUACCUCCACUCUCUCAGAUGCUGAUCUCGAACGGCCAUUCAGCUUCCGAAGCUGCAGCCGCUUUGUAUUAUCUUUCGCUCGAGCGUGCAAACUGCGGCCGCAUAAUCCAUGGCGGUGCAGUAGCUGCACUGUUGCACGCCGCAGCGUCAUCGCGAGGUGGCGUCGCAGCACGGAGCUUAGCAGCACUAUGCAAUGUUGCAGCCGCUGGCGACGAGGGGCGGGCAGCAGUGGCGGAUGGAGGCGGCAUCUCCACAGCAAUUGGAGUUGUGGGGUGUGGUCAAGAAGAGGAGGAACACGCAGUGGCUUUGCUCUUGCUUCUGUCGAGGACGAAUUCUUCGAGGUUUUGGGGGGAGGUGAAGCAGGGGAUGCCUGCGAUCGCGAGAGUGGCAGCGAGGGGAAGAGGAAGAGCAAGAGAAAAGGCUGCGGCAUUGAUGAGAGUCGUGAAGGAGGCGCAGGCGGCGGCGGAGGACGGGCCGGAUGGUGGUGGUGGAAGGGGGCUCGAGUGGCGGAGGGCGUUUAGAGGGGAGGGAGCCCAUUGCUCGGAAUGGCCAAAUACCGCAGGCUUCUAGUCUUUUUACAGUAGUAAGCUUGGUGAAUGUAAAUUUAGAAGAGAGAGAUGCGACACUUCAUGACUUGUAAUGCUUGCUGCCAUAUUAAUAUACCAUUUAUCAUCAUACUUU